CUCCUCCUCCUACCCCACUCUGUUUCUUGACUCUUCCUUCUCCGAGAAGCAUAUCGCGGAGAUAGCGACGACAAACAGGAUCUCUCUCAUUCAAUCCGUCACUUCUCAAUGUAAAUCCUCCCUCUCAGAGUCUAUCGGGAAUAUCCGUUGAUCAGUUUUUCAAUCGCAUUAUCAAAUUUUAAUCCGUGGCUCAUCUGAGCUUGAUACUGUGGUUAGCAGGUACAAAAUGCAAAAAGCUGAAAUCACUACGCAGUGUGAUAUUGACGAUGGGAGUUUGGAAAUGUUGCUUGAAGUUUUCGGAUCUCAGUUUCAUCUUGAGGAUAUAGCCACUGCUUACUGUCAAGCAAGCUGCAACGUUGGUGCAGCUGCUGAAAUUCUUUCUGCAAUGACUGGGAGUUCUUCCGCAGAUAAGUUACAGAGUGCAAAUAUAAUAUCCUCGAGACUACCAUCUGGGGUUGAUGUCGCAAGUCUAGUGACUCCAGAACUGUCUGAUAGUUUUGUUCAGAAGCCACAUCACAGAGAGAACUCUGCCAGAGCAUUGAAGUCAAAGAGAUGUUCUGCAUCAAUGGGCACUGUUUCAGGAGUGAUUGGGACGGCCUAUACCAGGUCCAGACCGUUGCCAAAUAAAUCUUGUGAAGUAACCAAACCAGUAAAAAUAAAUUCAAAAGAAUUGCCAGUCACUGCGAUAUGGAGCGAAGAAGUUUCACCACUUAAGACAGCAUGUAAUGGCGCAAUGCACACUGAUGUUGAGGACUUCCUUUUUAAAAUGCUUGGAGAAGGCUUUCAACUUGACAUGAGUGUUAUCCGUGAAGUUCUUGGCCUUUGCGGGUAUGAUUUACAAAAGAGUAUGGAGAAACUUCUUGACUUAUCAGCAUCAUCCAUGGAGAACAAUGACACUCUUGAAAGUGCAGCCAUUGAGAGGUCUACAGGAAAACGUCCAGCACAGGAGCCAAUUUUAUAUCAAGCAGAGCUGCAACACCAAGUUUCUGCUCAAAGUGAUGAAGCUCAAUUUGCGGCAAGAAACUUAACCAAUUCAUCAAAAAUACAAAAGGAUAGAGUUGACCUUCAGAAAGAAGUUCUAGAAGCAUUGUUUACUGUUCCAGAAAGAUCUGAGGAAGUGCCCAAGAAAAACCGCACAUUUAGAGAAGUGAAGAGAUCUAGAGCAUUUAGUCAAUUGGCUGUUGAACCUUUGAAACAAACCACUCAAGAACUUAAAAUUGCUGCUGUGGAACAACAAGAUGUGCCUAAAGAUGAUGUUGAAGAUGAUGAAAAUAGCUAUGAGGCACUUCGUAAGGCCAUGAAGGAAUAUUUGGUUACAAUGAGAGAGUACUAUAAAGCAGCUGUUGAUUCAUUUUUAAAGUGUGAUCAUGCACGGGCAAACAAACUUAUGGAGCAAGGACACUUUUUCAAGCAGAAAGCUAGUGAAGCAAAUGAUAAAUCUGCUGAAAAGAUCUGCACAGCCAGGAAUGAUGAACCAAUGUCUCUCGACCUGCAUUAUCUUGAACCAAAGCAAGCAGUUCGGCUACUUAGGGUUCAUUUAACUACUCUCUCCGGCAUCGCAACUAUUAAGUACCUUAGGGUCACAGUGGAGACCAAUGAGGAAGAUACCAGCAAAGGGGCUCGGAAACGACUGAUUAUGAAGCAGCUACAGAAGGAAUCCAUUGAUUGGACUGAAGAAGAGGAUGGCCGCAAGAUGCUGAUUCGGGUUGAUGUGAUCAACCCAGAUCGUCUGAGUUUUGCCAAGAAUAAGUCAAAUUAAGAAAGUGUGAUAUUUUAACGGCAUUUAUUAGCUCAGUCGAUCAUUUUCUCUCUACACGGAGUUACCGAUAUAGUCAAUGGAAUGCCCCUUGACAAUGCCGGGGGGUUUAAGUGGAAAAACGAAAAAAAAAAAUCAAAACUUAAAACUUUCAAAGGAGGGUUAGUGAUAAUUCUGUCUAGUGAUUAGACGAGUAUGCCGAUUUUCCAUGGAAGAAAUUGCUUAAGGUUAGAAAUGCCGACGUCAAUGGUUUGACUCAUUCUUUCAUCCAUUGUGGAUCUUUAAGAGUCCUAAACUAGUUGAAAUUGCUUAAGGAGAAUUGAAGUGUUUCACAAUUGUGAUGACUAGGCUUUAGUUACCCCCAUAAUUAUAAUGUGAAUUUUUGAAUA